UUCCGCCCUAGGUUUUCGCCUUUCUUGUAGACUUUCGUUUCGCCUCUCCCUAAUUUCGCUUUUUGAUGUUUCGCUUUUUGCCUUUCGCCGAAUUUUGCCUUUUUUGUUGUUUCGCGUUUCGUGUUUCGCAUUUUUUGAUUUUCGCCUUCGAAUUUCGUAUUUGGGGUAUUUUUUUAUUAAAUUUCGCCUUCUUGCUUAUCAUAUUCGCAAAUCUGUUUCGACAUACCCCUUGUUAUAGGGGAAAGAUUUCAAUUUGCCCUCAGGGCAUAUAG